GGCUCAUAUCCUUUGCGUUAUCCGGUUGAACACAAUGUAUACCUCGUUCUCUCAUCUGGGAAUAACUUCUCCUGUGCAGGGCUUUACAGGGCGCCUUGUUCAUCAACUCACUCUUUGGAUUUCUCUCCGGCUUCGCGUCGUCUACAUCAGUGUUGGUAUUCCUGCGGUUUUUGAGUGGACUUGGGGUGGGUGGCUCAAUACCAGUAGUGUGGUCGUAUCUCUGCGAGUUUAUCCCCGCCACACAGCGGGGGCGGUGGCUAUCGUAUCUCGCCACUGCAUGGAUGGUCGGGGCUAUCAUGUGCACCGCAACAGCGUGGGUGCUAAUCCCCAGUCUCGGAUGGCGUGCGUUUGUGUGUGCUACCGCGAUUCCGAGUGGCGUGUGCGUGGUCUCACUGCAGUUCUGCGAUGAAAGCCCAAAGUUCUUAGUGGUCAACGGCAGUGUUAGCGAAGGAGAGGACAUACUGAAGCGUGUAUAUCGAACAAAUCACAAGACUGAAUUGCCUGUCGAUUUGGAUUUGGGCCGGGAAGUGACAGUAAUUGCAAAUGGUGGCGCUCAGCGAUCGUGGAAUUUCAAAAGGUUAACAAAUCCUCGAGAAGUCUACAAAGGCGUAAUCUCUAUGCAGCAGAAGGUGGUCCCUAUGUUCGAUGCUGUCUCAGGGCUAUUGCGGAUCAGUCUCAUCUUGCUGCUCAAUUGGGUGGGACUCUCAUACGGAUUCUAUGGGCUUUCACUAUGGCUGCCGCAGUACUUCAAAAACCUGGACGAUAUGGAUAUAUACAGAAGCACCAUGAUAGUUGCAUUCGCACAACUUCCGGGCAAUAUCUUCAGCGCUUUGUUUCUAGACAGUAUGAGCCGCAGUCGUACGCUGUGUAUUUCUCUUGUGAUCAUGGGUGUGAGUGUGUGCACCUUGCCGUUCUUACAAGAUCAGUCGGCGGCCAUCCUCGCAUCGUGCUUCUUCAAUGGAUUCUCCGUGCUGAGUUGGAACGCCUUGGAUGUGGCGACGGUGGAGCUAUAUCCCACGCACAUCCGAUCAACUGCGUUUGGAGUGCUAUCAGCGGCGGGGCGAUUAGGAGCUAUUUGCGCCAAUUUGACCUUUGGCUUACUGAUGCGAGCGCAGCCCUUGGUGCCUCUGGUGGUAGCUGGUUCGAUGAUGGUUGUAAGUGGCGUGUUUGUACUCGGAUUGCCAACAACUUCACAGAGAACGGGCCAUUCAUAGGAUCGUGCCUUGUCACCGCUCUGAAGUACUGAAACACAACUGGUGUAGGCUGAUUCAAUGUGGGAGUAGUGGGUAUGUUUGCAUCCGUACUAAAAGCCUGUAGCUUGCAUACCUUUUGGUGACGGUUUGGAUUGUGGUGGUACGUGGCGUGUCUGCACUCGGGCGGCUAGCAUCACCUCAGAAGAUGGGCUAUUCAAAUCGAAUUCCUUGCCACUGCGAUGAAGUAUCAGAAGUACAACUAUUAUUCGCCAGUUUGAUAAUAGGUUUAAGUGGCGUGUUUUCGAUAUGGUAGCAUUUCUUGCCACUUUCUUGACUUCUCGGCUACAACUGGUGGUAGAAUAGUUGGUCCAACUAUAGUGGCAAGCUGCAUGAUGGCAUAUCCGCACAGAAUGGUAAAUGAUGUGGUUCACUGGGCCUCGAGCAUCCUCUUAGAGUACGGGCAUGUGAUACCAACUUACUUUACGAUAGUGAAGUGCAAUAGGAAUUCACUAGAAGUCAUUGAAAAUAAUCCACAAUGCGAGAUGAAGGAGAACUACGGAAACUGGAUAUAGUCUUCGAGCUUCAGUUCUACGGUACACACGGUAUCUACGUUAGUAUAUUAUAUAUAUAUAUAUAUAUAUAUACACACACACACACACUAUAUAUAUAUA